AUGCUGGAGCAUCUUCCGGUCACGGUGAUUAGCCUUGUCCAGUCUGACACCUACACGGGAGGGGACUUGAUCUUGCUGGAUAGCGCAGUUGCACGGCCCUCUGCUGAAGAGCUGGCCAACAAUUAUUGCUGGUUGAAGCCCAUUGUCAUGGACAGCCCAUCUAAGGUGCCAAGCGGAUAUUAUUUGACUGAUGCGUUCCUUCGUUUGGAUGCCAAGUUGAACCGCAAGCUCUUCAGGCCAAAGCAGGGUGAAUCCAGGAUGUUCCUGGCUGGGAGAGAGGGGGUCAAGGCUAAGCGCUGUGUGGGCGCCAUUCGGUACUUGUGGCGUAACUCACAUGGUGCCCACGAUGCACGUGUGCUGGACUUGAAGCAGUGCUUGUCUCCCUCUCCACCUCGUGGUGUCGAGGCAAGGUCAAAAAAAUAUGUUGAGGUUGGCUUGGCUCAAAGUUUGAAGGCUUCUACAGCCAUCGUUUCUUUCUUGCCCACAAAUCACAAUCCCUGA